UGGCCGUGUCGGCUGGUGGCGGGUUUAACGACAUUUUUACGAACGCGAUCUAACCCACGAAAAAAAAAUCACCUCUAUGAUGGAUUUGAACUCGCUUCGCCGUUCGCGAGCACCCUCGAUGGGCUGCGUGCAUUCAUCAGCGCUGGGAGGGAGUCCACGUGCGAUUGUGCACGAUGGAGCAGGAAAACACCGUGGGCCAGCAUCGCCUCGCGCGACGCGAUCCUCCGAUAAUCCCGUGCAGUCGAAGCAAGAGAGUGGCGUGAGGCGCGCGCCUGACGGAUUCGAAUGAGAAAAUGCGUAAAAGUGCGCGGGCGGUGGAGCGCGAAGGAAAUCGAGAGAGAGAGAGCGGGGAAGAGAGGGGAGAGAGGGGGGACGGCUCCUACACGUGAUGGACACGCAUGUUAUAUGACACGCACGCUCGGAGCAAGCAGCAGGCUCAUCCCCGGCAGCGUCACCAUCAUUCCAGCCAUCACGGCAGCUGCAUGCCUUCGAGAUCCUGGAAAAGCUAAGCUGGGGCACCAGCACAGAUGCCUCGCCCUGUGAAAGGGCCCUCCCAGCCCGGCGGAGACAGCGCAGAAGCCGAGGAGAGUGGGGCUGCGGAGGGGGCAGGGACCGACAGGGACGCGUGCUGCUUCUGCUGGUGCUGCUGCUGCUCAUGCUCCUGUCUCGCGCCCCAGGGCGAAGACUCGCCGACGUCCUCUCGGAAGAACUCGCACACGACGCGCACCGAGGACUGCACCGACUCGGAGGCCGCGAGCGGGCGGGCCGGUGCGGACGAGGUGCUGGCGUGGGGUCGGUCGUUCGAGCGUCUCGUACGCAGUCCCACGGGCCGCGCGCACUUCCGCCACUUCCUGCGCGGCGAAUUCAGCGAGGACAACCUGCUCUUCUGGCUUGCGUGCGAGGAGCUGCGAGCCGGCACAGACGAUACCUCCCUACCCGAGCGCAUGAGGACCAUCUAUGAGGAGUACAUUUCCAUCCUUUCGCCCAGGGAGGGACUCGCGCCCCGUAAACCCGAGGCGACGCCAUCCCGGGAUUUGACUGUGCACUCUCAAGGACAGCAAUCAUACGGUGGCUCACGCCGCGGCCGAAUGGGUCUUCACGACUGGUGCACGCCUGCAAGGGUUGUUAAGUUAUAUUCAGGUAUAUAAUAGUAAUAGUAAGCGAGGACCGUGACCAAUAAGUGGCAACCGAGAAGCCAUAAAAAUCGUGCAUUAGCUCAAGUCAUAUACGUCACCUCUAAAUAUAUUAAUACAUAUACGUACCCUACUACUCCCGUUACAUAGUCAUGUGCUUGCAUGUUGACCUUUAAACACAAAGAUGGCGUAGGGACAAAAUACAUGUCUCCGCAUCAAGAUAUUUAAACAAAUCAUACAGGAUUUAAAUAAUUGCUGUUGUUAUACAUUGGUCCACAGGGCCCAUAGGUUAAUAAUUAUUUUUAUGAGGAGAGAUCAACUUUUGUCUGUCCAUGUUACCCAUGAUUCUCUGCAGUAGUAUAUGAUUUUUUACAUGUAAAUUAUGUAUUUGCUUUGACAUAGUGUAUACAUACACAAUUAAACUUUUUUCAUAUUUAAUAUGGUCACACUUAUCCAUGCCAUAUGGGUGGUGUUCCUUAAUUUCUCCCGUCUGCACUGUGUAUCCAGCAUUAUAUUUUUAUAACAAUCGACCACAUUGGAUCAUCUCAAUUCAGUCGAAGUUCAUGGUCAGUAGUUGCUCACGAAAUGGUCAUGGGAAAAAUGUAGAAAGUAAAUAUUUAAAUAACUCCUCUUAAAACCGCUGUGCCACUCUACGCUCCCUCCUGACUCUACCUCUCGCCUCUUAAUUCUGACCCCCCCCCCCCCCCCCAAUACUUGACCCAAACCCCAUUAACUCCCCCAUGCCCCACACGCGAUGUCUCUCUGUACACGUCCACGCAAUGCGCCAACUGUCAAAAAAAAACUCCAAGUAGCCUGCAAUCACUUCCAUGAAGCCAAGAGGCAAAACCUGGCCUGAAGUGGCCCCUACCACUCUUAAUAAGCUACCGCUCUACACCAUCUCAGAGAAUGCAUCACAAGCUCUGGUGGGAAUUUUUUUUUUGUUAAUAAUCACUGUUCUCAUGCCUGUAAGGAGGUCAAAAAAGCUUUUAUACGUGCGCGUGCCUGACCGACAUCUUGUAUUUUUAAGCAGUAGCUUAGGCACUUUGUACCCAAUACUGCGACUUAGAACAUCGACAAUACAUUAACGAACACCUUGACUGUACGUGACUGAGUGUACUUGUGGUAAGUACUUUAGUUCCAAGAACAAUCACAUAUCAGUGAGGUGGUGUUGUCGUGGCCAGACCUAAUGUGGAAAAGGUGAAAAACGCUGUGCUAUUUAUAAACUUGAGGAUAUAGAUCAUAUUGCCUCAUCGUAUUUUAUGUGGCUUGUCGAUACGUGGUGGUGGUACUGUUAGCGUUGCAUCAUCAAUACGUGCAAACACUCAAGUAAUUUAUAAAUAUAUAAUCACACACCGAAACCACAAAUCCCUGCCAAGCUCCUGUUCCAAAGCUUAAUUAUGUGUUGGUGACGAGUGACGUGUGUACACAGCUGCAUUAACACUAAGUGCACACAAACCUAAUGGCGUUGUACAAGGUACAACCAAUCCAUGUAAUGUGUACUUAAGAAAGAGUACAAAUACAUGACAAACAUGGCAAAAAUUCCACCCUUUGCCCCAGUGCUAGGCACUGGGGUAAAUGGUAGGCAAAUGACACGUUACACCAAGACCAAUUAAAUAAUGGCACACAACAAUAUACUCUCUUGGCCAAUUGGGCAUAAAUACUGGAGUGUUGGUUUGACAUUGCCUACCUUCUUCUACCACUCAGUGUGUUUCAGCAGUUCUCCUGCUGUAUUUUUUCCACCUGAUGACGAUUGCUAGUGUUGCAAUCGAAACGUUGUGAUUUUUAUUAAUUAUUUUUCUAAUCUACGUGACUUUACCGAAAGACCCAAAGAGUAUUCUGGCAGUAUAUUUCUUGUGCGAUGCCUCAAGAUGCCUUUUUAACCUUCAGGAUUAAAUGCGAUAAAAAAAAAAUUAAUGUCACUGUAUGUAAAUAGGUAUACCAUUUGCAGGAUUUAUAUAAAAAAUACUUUUAAUUCCAUAGGGAGGCAUGAGUUAACUAUUUAUCUUCCAAUUAUUGUUGACAGAUGUGCAGUUGCCAUAUGCCUAUCGGCAGAGCCGUCCGUAGGCUACGGAGAAUAGGGGCGACGACCCCGGGCCCUGCACUUUGGGGGGCAACCAUGCUUUGGCAAGAACAUUAACGUGAAAAAUGGAGAUUGCUUCCAUACGCGGUGGUUUGCACUGAUAAAAGGAAACCACACUGAAAAAGUCAAUCUUCCAAAAGGCAAAUGUUUAGGAAGGAUACACAGAAACACUAAAAUCUGACAUCUCACGAACAAAUGCCUUUGCUUAAGAAUGUUGAACAUUUAUUAAGCAUUCAUGACGAUAUAUUUUCCUCUAUAGACUACUCAUUUACGUACCCAUUUUAAGCCUUUGCUUAAAAAUAUGCUGACCUACUUAAAUUUCCCAAAGCAAAAAAGGAAUGUUUAUACAUCUUACAACUAGCGUCACUGAAAUAGGUCGUUGGUAUUGUAAUCAUUGUCAAAGAGUUUUCCAUACAAAAAAUGUUAAAAAAUACAGCACUCUUCGACAUUCUGAAUUGUAAUGAAAUGUUUAUAAAAAAAAAACUACUAAGCUAACAGUAUAGACUGAAAUAUAUUUUUACAAGACAAAAACCAAAACCAGUAGGACCUGUUAACAGUUAAAAGCUUUAUUUCAGGUACUAAACAAAAAAAAAUGCUAGUCACAUUACUGUAUUUAAAAACCAAUAUCAGUU